AUGGCCUUGUUUUCACCUACUUUCAACGAGUUCCAUCGCCAGUACGAGUUAAUAGAAGAGCUCGGUCGCGGGCAAUACGGCGUAGUGCAUCGCUGCGUCAAUCGCGCCACGGGAGAGCAUUUCGCGUGCAAGCUCGUCGGAGACUCUCUCAACCUGAAAAAUCCCGCCACUGCCCUGCACGCGGCUCGACGAGAAAUCCGAAACUUGCUGCUUCUAGACGACUGCAGCCACGUGGCAGCGCUUAAAGACAUAUACCGCGACGCGGAAUCCGGGUCGCUGUAUCUAGUAAUGGAGCUGUGCGCGGGAGGAGAUCUCCUGCGCCGCGUGGAAGAGAGGGGGCGGAUUCCCGAGCGCGAGGCGCGCAGCGUGUUCAGAGACAUGGCGACAGCGGUGCGACAGUGCCACGAGCGCGGCGUGAUGCAUCGAGAUAUCAAACUCGAAAACGUCCUCCUCUGCCCCAAGCCGCUGCGCGAAAUGCGCCACAGCCACGGCAUUCACUGUGACGCUGCGGAGACUGCACAACCGCGUGAAGACCAUGCUUCCGAUCCUAACAGCAGCCCCACCAGCAGGAGUUGUGCUUCUCUUGCUACUGCCAGUAGCAGUGAUGAUCACGUAAUGGACGAUCUACGCCUCUAUACGGCCAAGCUGGCGGAUUUCGGCAUCUCAGUCAGGCUGCGCCCCGAUCAAGAAGCCGUCGGGUACGGCGGAAGCUUCCCGUACGAGGCUCCAGAGAUGAUUGCUGGAGAGCCGUACGAUUGUAGCGCGGAUAUCUGGAGCCUCGGGGUUACUCUCUACGCCAUGCUGUCCGGGUGCUGGCCUUCGUUUGAUGGUGGGGUGCGGCGAUUGGAUGAGAGCAGGGACUGGGAAGAUUCCUGCUGGUGGUUUGUGUCGCAGCAUGCGAAGAAUCUCGUCCGUCGGAUGCUGUCGGUGGAUCCUGCGAUGCGACCGACGGCUGAGGAGAUUUUGAGCGAUCCCUGGGUGAAGGGGCAAGGCGGAGAGAUCGUGCGGUAUAAGCAGACUCCAUUUCUGCAACAAGUGGCUCUGAUGAGCAAAGGGCGGUUUACUAAGGCGAGAGGUCGCCGCAAUAUGACCGUGAGGAUGCAAAGAGGAGAUGCAAACAGGGGAGAGUGUGGGGCUGUUGCUGCCGGUGCAGCUGAGAGCAGCAGCACAGCAUCUACAGGGGUGAUGACAGUUGAAACACUGCAUUCAUCCCCUUCGCAGACAUCUAUAUCUUCAUCGAUUAUCUCCCCAUCCUCCGUUCCUGGUUUCCAUGGCCCAUACAGCUGCCAGCAGCAUGGCUUCAGGGAUUAA